GCGGUGACUUACUACGCCGCAGAUUGUUCCAUUCAUAAUAUAUAAGAGAUUCUCGCAAUACGUAUUUUGAGUGUGUGCGGUCGUGUAUGUGUUCGCCCCGGAUGUCGGUUUUCAAGGACAAACUUUUAGUUCUUUUGUCUCGAUGGGAAUUUACGCGUCGUGCUUGCUGAAAGCUCGUCGAAGGCAGCAAGAAGGGGAGAAAGAUCACGCUUUCCCCUCGUACUAGUGUCGUCUGAGGGGAACUUGGAGCGGCUGAAGAGUUCAACGCAGGAGAGGGAGAGCGGGAGAGGGCGUCCGCACGGCACGGCAGAUACGACGCCAUCACCCCCGUGUUUGGAAGGAAGACCAACUGUACGCAGGACGCUCGAACGCACGAGCUAGAAAUUCGGAAGAGGGAAUAAUAACUUCUUUCCGGAAGCAAAGGAAAAGAGAGGAAAACAAAGAGGAGAGAAAGUGAAUCGAGGUCCAUCGCAUCCAGGUUCGCCGCGAGCUGAAUUCCCGAAGGAAAAUGUUAGCAUUUCCCCAAAGGUCUAAGUGCUCCGUCCCUAGAGCAAGUGUUGUGUGCUGGUGUGUGGGAGCCUAACUGAGCGAGGGCAGUUGUUCCCACCGGCCGAUUAAGGACAUCCUCGUCCACGUCACAGCCACUGCCACACCACAUACCCUUGCCCCUCCCCCCCUGCGGCGCCCUCCUCCACCCCGAUCUUCCACCUUCCACCCACUAUCUUCGGCCCCCGGCGCUGCGCUGAGGCAGGGGAGGGAUCGAGGCCGAGUAGGGCGAGGAAGAGGCGGAGGAAGAGAGAGGAGCGGGAGAAGAGGAAGAGAGAAGCGAAGAAAAGGAGAGACGACGGAGAGAGAGACACGAAGAAGGAGAAGGAAAGUAUCCGACAAGGAGAAAGAACAGGGAGCAAGGAACGCCUUCCCGCAGAGCCUUUGGGAAGAGGAAGGGCUUCUCGAACUCCACGAGGAGCCUGAGCGAGGGAAAUCUCCGCUUGCCCGAGCCUCCUACGAGGUAUCGCGAGCCUCGCCGGAGCUCGAUAGUACUUAGCGAGGAGCUGGGGCGCCAUGGCGGGCUGCGGAGGCGCUAGCACGGGCGGGCGUCGAGGGCGCGCCUGCUUGGGCGUUUUGGCCGUCAUCGACUCCCUGCUGUCCAUCUUCGUGUUCGCGCCGCUCGUGGUGGGCUACUGGCGGGGCUGCUGGCAGCUGAUGGACAUCUACCUCCUCCCGGGGAACAAGCAGCUGUCGGUGCUGACGUCGCUGGCCAUCGGCAACGUGUCGGGCCUCGUGUUCUGCCUGCUGCAGGGCCCCCUCGCCACCCUGUGCGACAAUGAGCGGCGCCCCCGUCUGCACCUCCUCGUGUCCAGACUCUACACCGCCGUCUACUGCGUCUGUUGCGUCAACCACUGGAGGGGAGUGUGGGCGUCCUGGGACCUCUACACUGGCAUCUCCUGGCAAUCGGGCGCCACGUCCGCGGGCAUCGGCCUCCUGACGCUGGCACUCACGCGGGGCCUCAAGAACAUCCUGGCGCCGCCCUUCAUCGUGGUGACCGACCACCCGAGUGGCUACUUCAAGGUGCCGACCCUCUUCAGUACCAAGGUAGGUCGCCUCGGCUCGCCUGUCGGUCCUUCGGGCAAACAGGGAAAGGAAAGAUGA